AUGGAUAUGGAUUUACACGACUUCGGACUGGAUUACAACGAAGGUAUUAUAGAAUCGAGCGAUGAAGAGGAGUGUAACGAUGGCGAAAUCGAUGGUGCUGGUAACGACGGACAAUCCGUCCCGUCCAAACCCAUUUCGGUCGCUCUCAAGAAAAGUGCCGUGCGCAGAUCCAGAAACGUACUGACCGAAGAGACACUGUGUGGUCCGCGAGGAAUAGUUGCGCUAAGAAGCUACUUCAAGGGUUUCAAAUUUCGCGGAAGAGGCCACGAGCUGGAUGAUCUCACCAGGAUGUUGAAGCGGUACGAGCUGUGGGCUCACCGUUUGUGUCCCCAGUUACACUUCGACGAUUGCAUUGAUAGGAUCUCGAAGCUCGGUGAAAAGAAAUCGGUCCAGAUGUACAUGAACAAAUACCGCAUGAAACAGUUGCAUAAGGAACUGGCAGAGGCCGACGCUCUACAUGCGGACUUAAGGGUUGACGAUGGAAACCAAUUGAAUCAACCGCUGGAUCCGCUUGAUAGCAUGCUCGAUGAACAGAUUGCACUCUCGCGGGGCCGUUCAUCGUAUGCCAACACAUCCGGCAUUGGGAAUUUGGACAACAGUGCCUUCGACGCAGUGAGGAACGAAUCUACCCAUCAAGCUCCAGGAUCCAGCAAGUCGCUCGUGGACGAUGCGGACAACUCUUCAGCCAAAUCACCGCCGCUGAAUGAGGAGCAACGGGCCAAAAUUGCUGCAAACCGAUUGAAGGCAAUGGAGCUGCGUAAAGCUCGACUUCUUGCUCAAUCUCAAAAUGUAGAAUAA